UGGAGUGAUAUGAGGAUGGCCUCGGAGCUGCUGUGUGGACUCAUCUUCAGACUGCUUCUGCCAGUGGGGCUCGCCGCAGCAUGUUUGUUCCGGUACAACUGGCUGUCCUUCGUCUACCUCAUCUACCUCUUACUCAUCCCACUCUUUGCCGAGCCGACAAAGACAACAAUGCAGGGUCACACAGGGCGUUUGCUGAAAUCCCUGUGCUUCACCAGUAUGACGUUCCUGCUGCUGCACAUCAUCUACCAAAUCACAAUCAACAGUCUGUUAGCAGGAGACAACAUCGAGCCCAACUUCAACUGUUCAUCAUGGGAGAGAUCAAUACGGCAGCUGGGCUUUGAAAGUGUCCGAGGUGCAGACACCGGGAACGGCAUCCGAGUGUUCAUCCCAGACAUCGGCAUGUUCGUGGUGGGUCUGGUCACGUGGCUCCUGUGCCGCAGUCUGAAGGAUGUGUCUCAGCACAAAUGUGACUUUGAGCUGGACGAUCAGGAAAAGGAGGAUGAAGAAGAAGACAAGAUAAGUGAGAAAGUGGAGCUUGAGGAUGAGCUGCUGUUCGAAGACUUCGAGCUGGGCGAUGAAGACUGUGAGCUUCCUGUGGAGGAGGAAGUGGACGUAGAGGAUGGAGAACUUGAGGAGGCAGACGUCGAAGAAAGUACCAAAAUGAAGAUCCUGCGGCAAAUAGCAGACGUGGCGUCCAAACUCAAAGAAAUCAUUGGCAAUCUGAUUACCACAGCAGGAAAAGUAGUCGUAACCAUAUUAUUGGGCCUCACAGGUAUGAUGCUGCCGUCUCUGACCUCCACUGUGUACUUCUUCACCUUCCUGGGCCUGUGCACCUGGUGGUCUUUCUGCCGCAGGUUCGACCCGCUCCUCUUCAGCUGUCUGUGUGUCCUGAUGGCCAUCUUCAGUGCCGGACACCUCAUCAUGCUCUAUCUCUACCAGUUCCAGUUCCUCCAGGAGGCCGUUCCUCCUGGAAACACUUACGCCAGUCUGUUUGGCAUCUCUCCUGUGGUUCAGACGGACUGCUCUAACACCUGGAUGUUCAGAGUCAACCCUGAUCUGGAGUGGCAUCACUUUGUCAAUCCCAUCAUGCUCUUGGUGCUGUAUUACACUCUGGCCACGCUCAUCCGCCUUUGGCUUCAGGAGUCAGAAGACAUGGUCAAAGAGAACGAGGGAGAGACUGAGGAACGAAAGGAAACAGAAUCUUCUGAGAGCAAUAUGACCGUUUACACUGCAGAGAAGAAGAGGCAGCUGUGGCGAAUGGCUCAUUAUCGCACAGAUGAGAGACACCUGCUCACCACACAAGACAGCUACAGCACACCUGAGGUAUUGAUGGAAACAUCAAACAGAGCCUCGCUGGACCUCACCAACGGACCGACGUCUGUGGAGAUCUACUCAAGCCCUCUUUACAGACCCGGCCGACCCGAGACUGAUCCGCAGAAAGUGGACUGCGGUGUUUAUGAGAUUGACUCGGUGUAUGUCGAGCUUCCCGAGGUUCAGCCGUUCAGUGUUGUUCGUGUGAACACGGCGGUCAAGGCCUUCAGGUUCGUCAUGAAGCAGAGCUACAUCUGUGCUCUCAUCGCCAUGAUGGCUUGGAGCAUCACGUAUGUGAGCUGGCUGACCUUCAUCUUCCUCAUCUGGUCCUGUGUUCUGUGGAUGGUGAGGGACCGGAGGAAAUACUCCAUGAUCACCUCUCCAUUCAUGGUGUUUUAUGGGAACCUGCUCAUCAUCCUGCAGUACAUCUGGAGCUUCGAGUCACUGCAGCCGGUUCCUGGACUCUUCCUGAAGAAAGAAGUGCCUUUCCGGGAACUGGGAUCGAAAACGUUGUGCCUCCUCAGUUUCUGGCUGCUGCUGAGGCAGUUUCUGACAGAGAGGAGAGAGAAGCAGAUGGUAGAAACACAGCUGUCUGAUGUAAAAGUGGAGGGACACACAAUUGAGGGUCUGGAGGACGAGGCCGGUGGACACAGAGAGAUGACGGAUGUUUUGGGCCGUACUGUCAUGGCUAUGCUCAACAAAUACUGGCUCUACAUCUGUGGAGGAAUGUUCUUCUUCGUCAGCUUUGAGGGACGCAUCGUCAUGUACAAGAUCAUUUACAUGAUGAUGUUUCUCUUUUGCGUUGCACUUUAUCAGUUGCACUAUGAGAGAUGGCGCUGGAUGCUGAAGUAUUUCUGGAUGUCAGUGGUGGUUUACACCAUGCUGGUGCUGAUUCUGGUCUACACCUUCCAGUUUGAGUCCUCCAUAAACGUGUGGUCCAACAUGACAGGCAUGAGCAGAGAGAAGCUGGAAGAUCUGGGUCUGGAGAAGUUCUCUGUUCCUGCUCUGUUCACGCGGAUCUUCAUUCCCACCUCGUUCCUGCUGGUCUGCAUCCUGCAUCUGCACUACUUCCACGAGCGCUUCCUGGAGCUCACCGACAUUAAAUCUGUGGCCGACAAACAGAAGAGCACAAUCUCCAGACUCGUUCAUCUGGAUGGUAGUCUGGUGGAUAUCUCCAUGGUCAAACCUUCAUUUAACUCCAUAAAUGAGGAGGAGACAGAGGAGAGAGUAGACCUGGAGAAAGAGGAAGAUGAUGUUAAACAAUGGGAGGAAGAGAAGAUCUCUGAGCAACACUUCAGCUGCUCGAUGACAGCAGAUCCUGAGCCGGACCAGGGGUCAGAGCUGAAGAGCAAGUGGCAUCUGGUUCUGGAGCGUCUGACCGUGCUGUUCCUCAAGCUCCUGGAGGGUGUUCAGAAGCUGCAGCUCUUCAUCUGGUGGCUGCUGGAGCUCCACAUCAUCAAGAUCGUCUCGUCCUACAUCAUCUGGGUCUCAGUCAGAGAGGUGUCUCUGUUUAACUCUGUGUUCCUGGUGAGCUGGGCCUUCGCUCUGCCCUUCAGUCAGUUCAGACCUCUGGCGUCCAGCGUCUGCACCGUCUGGACCUGCGUCAUCAUCGUCUGUAAGAUGCUGUACCAGCUGACCUCCAUCAACCCGUCCUUGUACUCCAGGAACUGCAGUAUGCCGGAGAACUACACAGAUGCUCAGCGCUCAGACAUGGCCAGAUCUCUGCUCUACAGCGGCCCGCUGGAUCCGGCGCACUGGAUCGGCCUCAGGAAGUUCUCUCCGCUGCUGGAGAACCUGAGGAAUAACCUACUGAUGCUGGCUCUCUUGGCGUUUGAGGUGACCGUUUACCGUCACCAGGAUUUCUCUCGGAUGAAGAACAACCUCCCUCCUCCGGUCACAAGAACCAUCUUUCACAACAUCACACGCCAACAUCUGGACGACGGCAUCCUCAACUGCACCAAAUAUUUCAUCAACUACUUCUUCUACAAAUUUGGUCUUGAGACCUGUUUUCUGUUAGCGGUGAAUGUGAUCGGCCAGCGGAUGGAUUUCUAUGCCAUGCUGCACGCGUUCGGUCUGAUUGCGGUGAUGUAUCAGCGGAGGAGAAAAGCCAUCGCCUGCGUCUGGUCCAAGUAUUGCUGCUUCCUGGCCUGCAUGUUAGCCUUCCAGUACCUGAUGUGCAUCGGCAUCCCGCCUGCGGUCUGUACAGACUAUCCGUGGCGACGGCCGUCUUCCAGCAUGGACUCAAACGUCAUCAAGUGGCUCUACUUCCCUGACUUCCACACCAAACCCAACUCCCUCUUCCUCCUCUAUGACUACAUGCUGUUGCUGUGUGCGUCGCUGCAGGGCCGUGUGUUUGAGGAGGAGAGCGUGAUGGUCGUGCAGCUGCUGGCGGGUGAUAAUGAGGAGAUCUGUCGAGAUCUGGACGCCGCCAGCUUCAGCCAGCACAACCCUGUGCCCGACUUCAUCCACUGCAGGUCGUAUCUGGAUAUACUGAAGGUGAUCAUGUUCAGCUACAUGUUCUGGUUCGUCCUCACCAUCAUCUUCAUCACGGGCACCACACGCAUCAGCAUCUUCUGUAUGGGAUACCUGCUCGCCUGCUUCUACUUCUUGAUCUUUGGGGGUGAGCUGUUACUGAAGCCAAUCAAAAGCAUCGUUCAUUACUGGGACUUCCUCAUAGCAUACAACAUCUUCGUAAUCACCAUGAAAAACAUUCUCUCGAUCGCGGCGUGUGGAUAUAUUAAAGCGCUGGUGGCCAAUCACUGCUGGCUGAUCCAGUUAUUCAGUCUGGCCUGCACUAUAAAAGGAUAUUCAAAGCCGGAGCAGAGCUCAAAUAAACAGUGUGAGCUGCCGAGUGACGAGGCCGGGAUCAUUUGGGACAGCAUCUGCUUCGCCUUUCUGCUGCUGCAGAGGAGGGUCUUCAUGAGCUACUACUUCCUGCACGUCGUAGCUGACAUCCGUUCCUCUCAGCUCCUCGUCUCCAGAGGAGCGGAGUUGUUUCAGGCGACCAUUGUGAAGGUGGUUAAAGCCAGAAUAGAAGAAGAGAAGAAGUCCAUGGAUCUGCUGAAGAGACAGAUGGACCGCAUCAAAAGCCGACAGCAGAAGUUUAAGAGAGGUAAAGACAGGAUGCUGUCUCUGGUUAAGGAGGAAGAGGACGAUGACGAAGGAGAGAAGAGCGAAGAGAAGAAGAGAGACAAAAGGAAGCACUGGUGGAGGCCUUGGGUCGAUCAUGCGUCCAUGGUCCGAAGUGGCAAUUAUUACUUAUUUGAGACAGAUAGUGAGGAAGAAGAUGAAGACGAGGACAAAAAGGAUGAGGAACCUCCCAAAAGAUCAGCGUUCCAGUUUGUGUAUCAUGCCUGGAUAACUGACUCAAAAACUGCCAUGAAAGAGCGAAGUAAGGAAAGAAGGAGAUUCUGGCAAAGAUACACAGAGCACAGAACGAACAAGAGGAAUCAGAAGGAAGCUGCAGUGCAUGUGUCCAUUGAGGAAGGUGUCACAGAGGAGGAGGUAUCUGAUGGUCCAGAUAACAUCCUGAAGCGAGUGCUCAACAUCCUGAAGUUCUCCUGGGUGCUCUUCCUUGCCCUGCUGGACAGUUUCACCGCCUGGCUCAACUCCAUUUGCCAGGAGCACAUCGAUAUCUCCACCGUCCUGCGCAUCGAGCGCUGCAUGCUCACUCAUGAGGUCAAGAAGGGGAACAUUCCAUCACGGGACAGCAUCCACACGUACUACCAGAGACAGAUGUGCAGGCCAGCGUCCGCCGAGUCCAGCCUGGACCGGACUGAGGACGAGUACUCAGACUUCAGCCCCCUGCGGAGCCAGGCUUAUGAGUCCGAUCUCUCCCGAGAAAACCUGUCUAGCAUGACCAGACUGUGCCGCCUGUCGAGUGUAGACCUGCAGUCGUCGAGUGAGCUGUACUUGAAGCAGGGCACCAGUGACACCGUCGAGGAGGAUCCAGAUGCCUCAGACCUGCCUCCUCCCUCGUACAGCACAGCCACAGGCCUGGACUCAGCGGGAAGCACAGAGGGCAGGAGGCUGAGGAUCCGAACACUUGAUAAUGAGAAGAGCGCAGAGACUCUGCUGUCCUCCAGCCAUCAGCUGACAGCCAGCGAGUUGCUGCAGAGCAGGAUGUUCUAUGACGAGGAGCUGGAGGCGUCGGAGCUCUUCUAUCGCUCUCAGCCACAGUUCCUUCAGCUCUGCCACGCUCUCUACAACACACUGGUGGCUCACUCUGAGACGGUGUGUUAUCUGGUCAUCAUCCUCAACCACAUGAUCUCUGCAUCGGUGGCCACGCUGGUGCUGCCCAUCCUUAUCUUCCUCUGGGCCAUGCUGUCUGUUCCCCGGCCCAGCAAACGCUUCUGGAUGACCGCCAUCGUCUACACAGAGGUCACCGUCGUGUUCAAGUACUUCUUCCAGUUUGGCUUCUUUCCGUUUAACCAGAGCAUAGAGCUGGACAAAUCCAAACCCUUCCACCCGCCCAACAUCAUCGGAGUGGAGAAGAAAGAGGGCUACGUCCACUACGACCUGAUCCAGCUGCUGGCGCUCUUCUUCCACCGCUCCAUCCUGAAGUGCUACGGUCUGUGGGAUGAAGAUGAGCCCAGGUCAGGAGGUCAGACGGAGGUCUCUCAGCGCUCUGAUUCAGACAGUGAAGAGAAAGAGAAGAGCCCCGCACACAUCCGACUCCGCAGACAGAGCUCCAGCGUCUCGCAGCGCUCGGCCCGAUCCACAGCAGGCAGCAGCCGCACGAGGACGAGUCUGCGUUCACUGAGCGCUCGACAGAAGAGCCACCAGCAGCUCAGAGAACAGAUGAUCAGAGCACAGCGCUUCACUGUCAAGACGAUCCUGGACAUCUAUCUUCCCAUCCGGCAGUUCUUCUAUAACCUGAUCCACCCGGAGUACAGCGCCGUGACCGACGUCUACGUGCUCAUGUUUCUGGCCGACACCAUCGACUUCAUCAUCAUCGUCUUCGGAUUUUGGGCUUUUGGGAAGCACUCUGCUGCGGCUGACAUCACUUCCUCCCUGUCGGAGGACCAGGUUCCCGAGGCCUUCCUGGUGAUGGUGCUGAUCCAGUUUGGGACGAUGGUGGUGGACCGUGCGCUGUACCUGAGGAAGACCGUGAUGGGGAAGGUCAUCUUCCAGGUCAUCCUGGUCUUCGGCAUUCACUUCUGGAUGUUCUUCAUCCUCCCAGGAGUCACCGAGAGGCGUUUCAGUCAGAACAAAGUUGCCCAGCUCUGGUACUUCGUGAAGUGCAUCUACUUCGGUCUGUCGGCGUAUCAGAUCCGCUGCGGUUACCCCACACGCGUGCUGGGCAACUUCCUGACCAAGAGCUACAACUACCUCAAUCUCUUCCUCUUCCAAGGGUUUCGGUUGGUGCCGUUCCUCACGGAGCUGCGGGCGGUGAUGGACUGGGUUUGGACCGACACCACGCUCAGUCUGUCCAGCUGGAUCUGUGUGGAGGACAUCUACGCUCACAUCUUCGUGCUCAAGUGCUGGAGGGAGUCGGAGAAAAGGUAUCCUCAGCCUCGAGGACAGAAGAAGAAGAAGGUGGUGAAGUACGGGAUGGGGGGGAUGAUCGUGAUGCUGCUCAUCUGCAUCGUCUGGUUUCCUCUGCUCUUCAUGUCUCUGGUCAAAUCUGUGGCUGGAGUGGUCAACAAACCGCUGGACGUGUCUGUCACCAUCACGCUGGGCGGCUUUCAGCCCAUCUUCACUAUGAGUGCGCAGCAGAAUCAGCUGAAGGACGUCACUCACACAGAUUUCAUCCGCUUCCUGAACUCAUACAGACACAGUUCUAGUGCACUGCAGUUCUUGGAGGCGUAUACGGCGGAGGACGUGACUGUGGCGGAGCUGGAAGGAAGCUCUAACUCUCUGUGGACCAUCAGCCCCCCCAGCAGGAAGAACCUGAUGGACGUCCUGAGCAAAGAGGACCAGUUUCCUGUCACCAUGUCCUGGAGCAUCCAGAGGAAUCUGAGUCUGGGAGCAAAGGCUGAGUUUGCAAUGGACAAACACAUCACAUAUCUGGACAUGAACACUAGACAGGCGCUGAUAGCGUUACUCAAUGGAACCAGAAAUAAACCCGUGGUCAUAGAGCAAGUGUUUCCCUGCUUUAUUCGAGCGCCGAGUGACUCAAACGCCAAACCAGUGGAUCAGCUCUAUACAGAUGAGGGCUAUAAGAGCAUCCAGCUGGACUUGGAGAGGUCUCACACCAGCAGUGAGGACAUUCAGGAGUGGUGGAUCGUGGACCAGCCAUCGGCAGCGAAGAUCCAGAUGAGAUCCGAGUCCAAGCUGGAGAAGAAGAGAGGAGCAGGACUGCAGCUGUACGUCUUCAGUGAUAAAGUCAGUCCUCCCAGCCUGGGCUUCCUGGCAGGAUAUGGUAUCAUGGGCCUCUACGCAUCUGUGGUGCUGGUGAUCGGGAAGUUCGUCCGUGAGUUCUUCAGUGGCAUCUCGCACGCCAUCAUGUUCGAAGAGCUUCCAUGCGUCGACCGCAUCCUCAAACUCUGCACAGACAUCUUCCUGGUGCGGGAAACUGGCGAGCUGGAGCUGGAGGAGGACCUGUACGCCAAACUCAUCUUCCUUUACCGCUCGCCAGAGACCAUGAUCAAGUGGACGAGGGAGAAGACCAAAUAAAAACCCAACGAUCCCAAAGAAGGAUGCUGCAAUUCAAUGAGACCUACAGGUGAACCAGCUGUACCAAAGAGCCCUGAUUCAGAAGCAGCCACCACCAGUGGGAUCUUUAAAGAGCUCUAGCGCCACCUGUCUGUCGGGAGAUUGGUUAGUCGCGCAUUGUGCAAUAUGCUGUGCUGGAAGCUGGCCCUAAACUUGAACAAAGAGAGGAGACGGUGACUGAACACUAGCCACUUUUUCUUCAGAGACAACUGGACACCAGAAGUGCUUGGGUUUCUAAGACUACUUAGCAUCGAAAUCACGAUCUAUAAUAGCUUGAACGAAGAACUGAAGGGUUCUCAGGAGGAGUAUCCGCUCUUCAGGAUGUGUGAUUGUGGAUCAAUAUCAUGAGUAUAAAGCACAUUCUAGAAACCAACUGUUGCCUUAUUUGUCCGUCUACAUGCUGCACUUUUAGUUUUUGUUACAUGUGUUUCAAUGACCAUUUUGUAUGCAUGUAAGUCUACAGAAACUCAGAUCUUAAAUAUGCAAAAAUCACAGAUUCUCUUUAUUCAGUGGCGUUGUGAAACCAUGCAAAUCCAGAAUGAACAGAAAUUGUUCCCUGCAAUUUCAAAGCACACUUCCUCCAUUAAAACAAAAAAUCAACUAAGA